GACGAAAGAGAAAAGAAAAGUUUUUCUUACACGAAUCAUCCCUCCUGCGACUGACCCUCAAGAAUUCUCGUGGACAGUUUUACAAUUCCCUCCAAUGCAGCUGCCAUGCACAUUGAAUGAUCCAGUCCAUUUCACGUCGUGCGAGCUCCAAAGAACGAGAGAAAGAAGACGAACAAGGAGAAGAGGGCGUUUCUUUUUUGCUUUUAACAUUCUAGAGAGCUCAGCUCGGCAAUCACAUCACACCCCGUUCUCGCGAUUCAAAAGCUCUUUUGUUGUGUUGCUGUGGUGGUGCAUUCGGCGACACCGCGAGCGAAACAUCGAGCGCCCAGCGUCAGUGUGAGCACAGGUAAAUCCACUCGCCGCCCCGGCUAGCUCCAAGCGAUUUAACAAUCGCCCACAGGACAAAACCGCGGAGGAAGUCCAAGUUCUUGCAAAUGCCCCGGCCGGGCAUUUGCCGCGGUAACGCGGUAGAGCGGCAGUAAUUUCUGACCAGAGUCACGUGUGUGUCCUCGGCUCACAAAAGCGUCCAAGGAGUGCUCUUGGCGCUUUGCUCCAUAUAGCUUCGUGGGCAUCAUCGCUGAUCACACGGCGAUCUAGCAACGCGACAGUCUUCCAGGAGAGAGCUAUGGAUCUGUAGCGAGCGAGCAAGGAAGAACCACUUUGGGUCUCUCAAGAUCAGGAAAAAGGAAGCUUUGGAGAAGAGCUCGCUUGGAACUAACGCAAUGCUGGUGCUCUAAAGCUCACAAUGCUCAUAGACAUAGCUAGGAGGAAGAAGAGGAAGAACAGGGAAGGAAAAGCUGGAACUUUGCUGGGAGGCAAGGCCCUCUAAGCUUCCAACUAGAAUGAGGAGGGUCUUGGUGGAGCUCGCCGGUGAUAACACCUCGGAGGACAACCUUGUGCUUAUCAUCGCCAUUAUCAUCGCUUCCGCGGCUCUCGUCCUUGUAGCCAUCGCGUUUGCGUACUACUGCUAUCUUCGACACAAAGCUCGAGCUCCUCGACAAGAAGUGGCCGAGCCGGCAAAGAGCGUGACCAGCCAGUCAAUUUCCCUCUCUAGACGCUCUAGCUACAAUGGAUCGACGAGCGAAGCACAGGUUUUCACUUACAAGCAAAUGCAGGCCGCUACAAACAACUUUACUACGUCCAACGAAGUCGGGCAAGGCGGAUUUGGCAGUGUUUUCCGGGGUGUUCUUCCCGACGGUAGAACUGCGGCAAUCAAGCAGCUCGAUCGAGGGGGCAAACAGGGUGACCGAGAGUUUCGAGUAGAGGUUGACAUGCUGAGCAGACUACACUCUCCACACUUGUUGGAACUCAUCGGAUAUUGCGCUGAUCAAGAACACAGGCUGCUUGUCUACGAGUUCAUGCCAAACGGAAGCGUCCAAGAACACCUACACUCGGAUGGAACCAGUGGUAGGCCACCGAUGCUCGACUGGGACACUCGAAUGCGCGUAGCUCUUGACGCUGCUCGAGGCCUCGAGUACUUGCACGAGAUGGUGAGCCCUCCCAUAAUUCACAGGGAUUUUAAGAGCAGCAACAUCCUCCUCAACGACAAGUAUAACGCCAAAGUUUCCGACUUUGGCCUCGCAAAGCUGGGCUCGGACAAAGCUGGGGGUCACGUCUCAACGCGGGUCCUGGGAACUCAAGGCUACGUAGCGCCCGAGUAUGCGUUAACUGGACACUUGACGACCAAAUCCGAUGUGUAUAGCUUUGGAGUGGUUCUGCUGGAGCUUCUCACGGGUCGUGUUCCUGUGGACAUGAAACGACCGCCAGGCGAAGGAGUUCUCGUCUCUUGGGCAUUGCCACGGCUCACAGACAGGAACAAGAUGGUAGAGAUCAUCGAUCCGAGGCUGAACGGACAGUUUGCAAUGAAAGAUUUGAUACAGAUCGCAGCUAUUGCUGCUAUGUGUGUCCAACCCGAGGCCGAUUACAGGCCAUUUAUCACAGACGUUGUGCAAUCGCUAGUUCCUCUCAUCAAGCACAACCGGCCGAUGAGAGUGUUGAGCAGCCCCAGCUUUCUCCACGCCAUCGUCACUGUAAAAUCCUCAUCUGCCGAGAGUGGAAGUAGCGACUGCCGAUCUUCUCACGUUUCGUUUUGACAAACCUCUUGUCACUCUUUCAUUGUUUUGUCAAUCAAAAGCAACAGAAUUUGCGUGAAAAGAACAUCCUCGAUCGCUUUUCUCCUCGAGCAGACUGUAAGUUACCAUCUAGCUUAUAGUGCUCAAGGAUUGUAAUGGGCGAAAGAAAGUUCUCUUUAUUGUGAAGCCUGCUCGGAAGCUAAA